AUGAGUAAAUUGGGCAAGAACAUUAAGCAGGGUCGCAUAUUCGAUACUUGUUUGGUUGUAAAUUCUUUGACUGUUCCUGAACAAAAUGCCGUUGUUGAUUGUAUAAAUAAAUACCGUUCUCAACUUGCCAAUGGAAAAACUAAAAAUAAAAAUGGGGGAAAUUUCCCCCCUGGAAAGGAUAUUUUGGAAAUUUCUUAUAGUAAAGAUGUAGAGAAAUCUGCUCAAGGAUGGGCUAAUAAAUGCAUAUUUGAUCAUGAUGGAUCAAGUUUAGCUGCUGGAGGGAAAUAUUAUGGAGAAAAUCUUUAUAUAGAUGGAGACUUUACACAUAAAAACAUAACCCAAAUGAUGGUAGAUGCCUGUAAUGCAUGGUGGGGAGAAAGUACAACAGAUGGAGUGCCCUCAAGUUGGAUAAAUAACUUUUUGCCUACUGAUAAUGAAGAGAAUGAUGCAAAAUUCGAAGCGGUUGGACACUGGACACAAAUGGCGUGGGCUAAAACUUACCAAAUUGGUUGUGCGCUUAAAGUUUGCCACAAACCUGAUUGUAACGGGAAUCUGGUUGUUUGUCGUUAUAAUCCAGGUGGAAAUGGUAUGGGUUCGCCGAUUUAUCAACAAGGAAAACCAGCUUCAGGAUGUGGAAAAGCUGGACCUAGUACGAAAUAUAGUGGACUAUGCAAGCCUGAUCCAAACCAAAAUAAUUAAUGAAUUUUUUCGAGGGCUGAA